UCAAAUCGCUCACUUCGAGCAAAUGCAUCUGUGAUUACAGAAAAUGUCCAAAAAGGGAAGCAUGUCUGGCGCAGGGGGUGGGAAGCGCCCCUCAGGAGGGGACAGUCCCCCUGGCCCUCCUGAAAAAAAGCUGAAGAAAGAGGAGAAGACUACAACGACUCUCAUCGAACCCAUCCGCAUUGGAGGAGUUUCUUCUACGGAGGAGAUGGACAUGAAGGUCAUUCAGUUCAAGAACAAGAAGCUCUGCGAGCGCCUUGAACAGAGGCAGGCUUUGGAGGAUGAGUUGAGAGAGAAGAUUGAGAAGCUGGAAAAAAGGCAGGCCACCGAUGACACAACUCUGCUUAUCGUCAACCGCUGCUGGACUCAGCUGGAAGAAAAUAUCCAUGAGUUGCUGCAGCAUGUGGAGCCUAAGGAUGCCCCGGCACCGGUUCAGAUUCCUGCCACCCCUCCUGUUCCAGCAGACGCUCCUGUUCCUGCUGUAACCCCAUCUCCUGCUCCUGAACCGUCUGCUCCUCUGCCGGCUCCAGUGGAGGGAGAGGAUGGGCUCCCGCAACCUCCAGCAGCAGCUGAGGGGAUGGAAGAUCAGCAACAACCAUCACAAGAAAAGGAGCAAGAGCAGCAACAGCAGCCUGACUCUGCGGAGAAGCCAGCAGAAGCACCAGUGACAGAUGAAAUUCCAGCCCCUCCUCCUCUUCCACCUCUUAGUGAGAGUGCAAAGGCUUUUCUGACCAUUCUGGAUAACAGCAGUGAAGAGGAGCUCACACUGCAGCUGCAGGACAGGAUGCAGUUCAGCAAGGGUGCCGUGGCCUGCAUGGUCUGCAUCUUUGACCGUCUGCAUACCAGCAUUGACAAGCUGUGCACUCGAGUCGAGUCUGCUGCAUGUGAAGAUGACAGUCAGCGAGACAUAGUUACCACAAACCGCAAACUUCUAGAGGAAAAUAAUCGUCUGUAUGACCUUGCAUCCUCUCUUCAAGGGAAACACCACAAGAUGUCAUUAGAGUAUAAUGAACUGGUUGAUAAAGUUACAAGUUCUGAGACUAAAGUGUCUGAGAUGGAAACUGCGGUGGAGGAUCUGCAGUGGGACAUCGAGAAACUCCGUAAGCGAGAGCAAAAGCUGAAUAAACACCUUGCAGAGGCUCUGGAGCAGCUUAAUACUGGUUACCAUGCUACUGGCAGUUCUGGUGGAUUACCGGGUGGGCAAAUCACACUCAGUAUACAGAAGUUUGAAUCUCUGAAUGCCGAACUGGAGCAGAAUCAGGAACUUGCCAACAGCCGCAUGGCAGAGCUAGAAAAAUUGCAGCAAGAGCUACAGGAAGCUGUUCGGGAGAGCGAGAAGCUAAAGAUGGAUCUGAGGAAUAUCCCAGAGGAAGUGUUGAAGGAGACGCCAGAGUACAAGUGCCUCCAGUCUCAGUUCUCUCUGCUGUAUAAUGAGUCUCUGAGUGUGAAGACGCAGCUGGAUGAAGCCAGAGCUCUGCUGCUCACAGCCAAAAAUGCUCAUCUACGACAGAUUGAGCACAUGGAGAGCGAUGAGUUGUCUCUCCAGAAGAAGUUACGCACUGAGGUCAUCCAGCUAGAGGACACACUAGCCCAGGUCCGCAAGGAGUAUGAAAUGCUAAGGAUUGAAUUUGAACAGAAUCUUGCAGCCAAUGAGCAAGCAGGCCCAAUAAACAGAGAAAUGAGACACUUAAUCAGCAGUCUGCAGAACCAUAAUCAUCAGCUGAAAGGAGAUGUGCAGAGAUAUAAGAGGAAAUUACGUGAGACACAGAUGGAAAUAAACAAGUUGAAGUGCCAGAGUGGAGAAGCAACUGCGCUGAUACUGGAGGAGAGUGUGGGUGAUGGAGGUCUGGAGGUGAAGAAAGAGGAAGAUGAUGAUCAGGAGGAGGAGGAAGAGAGGAGGAGAGAGCUGGAAAGACAGCGAGCACGUGAGCGAGAGCGGGAGGCGGAGAGAGAGCGAGAGCGAGAGAGAGAGCGGGAGAGACAGCGCAGUGAGGAGCUUAAGAGGAAGGACUCAGACACACUCAAGAUGCUCAGGGCAGAGCUCAAAAAAGCUCAGGAGUCUCAGAAGGAAAUGAAACUUCUGCUAGACAUGUACAAAUCGGCACCAAAGGAGCAGCGAGAUAAAGUGCAACUCAUGGCUGCUGAAAAGAAGUCUAAAGCAGAGGUGGAAGAGUUGAGGCAGCGAGUACGGGAAUUAGAGGAGAGGGAAAAGAAAGAAAGCAAAAAGCUGGCAGACGAAGACGCUCUGCGCAAGAUCCGUGUGGCCGAGGAGACCAUCGAACACUUGCAGAAAAAGCUGGCUGCUACUAAACAGGAGGAAGAGGCUCUGCUGAGUGAGAUGGAUGUGACGGGGCAGGCGUUUGAAGACAUGCAGGAGCAGAACAGCAGGCUUAUGCAGCAGCUGCGAGAAAAAGACGAUGCCAACUUUAAACUAAUGAGUGAGAGAAUCAAAUCCAACCAGAUUUACAAGCUUCUGCGGGAGGAGAAAGAGGAGCUGGCAGACCAAGUGCUCACUUUCAAAACCCAGGUGGAUGCUCAGCUGCUGGUCGUACAGAAACUGGAAGAGAAGGAGGGCGUCCUGCAGAGCACGCUGGCCACGCUGGAGAAAGAGCUGGCGCUGCGCACUCAAGCACUGGAGCUCAACAAGCGCAAGGCUGUGGAGGCGGCCCAGUUGGCCGAAGACCUUAAAGUACAGCUGGAACACACUCAGACCAAGCUGAGGGAGAUCCAGGCCUCGGUACUAGAUAACCGCACUGCCCGUGAGAGGGAGAGCGUCAACCUCAAGAAAGCACAGGAGGACUUGUCCAGACUGAGGCGCAAGCUGGAGAAACAGAAAAAGGUUGAGGUGUACACGGAUGCUGAUGAGAUUCUGCAAGAAGAAAUUAAUCAGUAUAAGGCUAAAUUGCGUUGUCCCUGUUGUAAUACUCGUGAUAAGGAGACUGUCCUCACCAAGUGUUUCCACGUCUUUUGCUAUGAAUGCUUGAAGACUCGCUACGACACUCGCCAGAGGAAGUGCCCCAAAUGCAACGCUGCGUUCGGAGCAAAUGACUUUCACCGUAUCUACAUCACUUAAUUCACUCUGCACCUUUCUGAUGGACUUAAAACAUUAGGUGGGAGAAAAAAAAAAGAAGGGAUGAAAGUGGUCUUGAAGCACAGGAUUACCAUGGCGUGGUAUUUUAAAAUGCUCUAAAGGGCCGCUUCCAGUCUCAUCUGUGAUAGGUGGUGCUAGUGACCAAACAGACACUGACAGAAUGGAAACAGUUGUGAAGUAGUCAUGGUCUACAGCACGUAAGCCAUGCUCCUUCAUCGCAGAGGAAUCCAUUGAGUUUUGUGUCUCUUUUUUUCUGUUUUUCCUUGCAUUUUUAAACUUAUUGUCGAAUCCCCAUGAAAAAAAAGAGAGGAAAGACUGUAUCUGCUUCUAAAUAUUAUAACUCGACAGAAUAUGACAGGCUGACGUUCACACAAAUUGUUUUAUUUUGACAAUUAUGGCCUUAUCCAUUUGAAUCACACAGUAACUCUAUCCAGAAACACAGCCAGUUUCUAUGGCGACACUCAAUGUUAUUGAACCCCUUAAAGUUUAGCAAUGAACAGAUGUGAUGGUACUGGGUGGAAAGAAUAGACAUGCAUAAAAUUAGAAACAUAGAUGGUGUUGCAGUGACUUUUAAAUGGCAAAACAAACAUAUUCAUGCUAAAGUAAACGUCCUAGCCCAUUAAGCUUUAGUCCGGUACAGUAUAUACCCGAACCAGUUCCAGAUGUAUCACCAACAUGUCAAAAUACUGCACAAUUUCUUUAAGAAUAAAAGCUGAUACAGGUA